ACUCUCGAAGCCAUCCAAAAUGUCAAUGUCGAAGUCGCCUCAAUUCGACAAUUACGCCGUCUACGGCCUCGGCACCUAUUGGGCGCUUUUCGUCCUACUCCCCAGGAUCUACGGGGAAUUCCUACUUUCGCAAGCGAAUAACGGACACUUUUUCCUGACUCGUCCGCGUACCCUGGAACUCGAAGCGGAGAUUAGAACAAAAGUACCAGCUGAGACGUGGACUUGGUACAAGAAGCUCGAGGGGCUUAAAGACGUUUGUUUGGCGGAGUUUCCGUUGUACGUGGCGGCGGUGGUGUUGGGGAGUUGUGCUUUUAAGGAUAAGGGUAACUUCAACACUUUGUCAGGAGUGUACUUUGCCCUGCGCUCUCUGCAUGCGUGCUUGUACCUCUUGGGUAGGGGUUCGCGGGCGCUGUGGGCGAGGGUGUGGGUCGGGUUGGCGGCGAAUGGGGUGUUGUUGGGGUUGCUUUUGGAGGCGGCGAGGCGGAUGCAAGAUAAGGUCGUUCUCUUUAUUUGA